AUGUCCCAUGAUUUCGAGGAGCGCUCUGCAGACCAUGUCAGAGACUUCCGGCUCAAGCCACGGAGGCUCAGCCAUGGAAAGACAAGAUACUAUGUGGGAGUAAAAUGGCCCGCCAAAAAGCCCGGGCACCAAGGAAGCCGAGCCGAAGAAGCCGAAGCGCCGCUGCAGCCGCCGCCGCCGCUGCAGCCGCCGCCGCCGCUGCAGCCGCCGUCGCCGCUGCAGCCUCCGCCGCCGCCGCUGGUGCUGCAGCGGGUCCAGGAGGGCCUGAGCCUCUCGCAGGAGGCCGUGAACGUCAUGGAUUCGUUCGUGAAGGACAUCUUUGAGCGAAUCACCGAUGAGGCGGCGCGCCUGGUCCGCUCCAGCAAGCGCUCCAUCCUCACCUCCAGAGACAUGCAGACCUCCGUGCGCCUGCUGCUGCCUGGGAAGAGGGGCAAGCACGCCAUAUCCAGCGCCACCAAGGCAGUCAUUCGGUACCUAACCGGCAAAUGA